GUGCGUGGAUUUUUUGCUGUCUGUCUGGCUGGCGGUUCAAUGUCUGCGUGUGUCGUCGUCGGCAGCUUGCGAAGAUUGUUCCCGUAAACUCGAAGUGUAGUUUAGUGAUCGCGAAAAUUCCGUCGUAAACCAUACCCGGAACACGGUAAACCGAAAACUAAACGGUCCGGUGAGCAGUGGUUAGAUUGUGUUCCGGCUUUGGGCAAGAAGAAGCAGAUAUCAGAGGGAAUCCAGACGACAGGUUGGAGGAGGAGGCGUGCGUGUUCUUUUUCGGGUAGUUUAUAAUUAGUGUCUAGAUUUUCGGGUUUUCCCCCGUGUUGGCCUGGCCAAGAUGAUCCCGCUCAGUAGUGCAAGGACAGCGAUAUUCAGCUAUUUUAUGGUUGUAUAUGUUUUCUACAACCCCACCGACAGCGGAGCGGUGCAACUCAACAGUGAAAAUCUUGAUAUGACCUUAGCUUCUAAUGAAUUAGUAUUUAUCAAUUUCUACGCCGAAUGGUGUAGAUUCAGCAACAUUCUGCAGCCAAUAUUCGACGAAGCGGCAGAUAAGGUGAAAGAAGCCUUCCCCGAUGGCGGUCGGGUCGUCAUGGGUAAAGUGGAUUGCGACCGGGAAUCGUCGGUGGCGUCUCGGUUUCACAUCUCCAAGUACCCCACGCUGAAGAUCAUCCGCAAUGGACAGCCGACGAAGCGGGAAUAUCGCGGAGCGCGAACCGUGGAAGCCUUCACCGAGUUCGUGAAGAAACAGCUGGAAGAUCCGAUCAAGGAGUUCCACCAUUUGAAGGAUCUGGAGAAGCUGGACACCAAGAAGCGGGUCGUGGUCGGAUACUUUGAUCGGCGAGAUAUGCCUGAGUACAACAUGUUCCGACGGGUGGCAACGAAUCUCAAGGAAGACUGUGUGUUCCAUGCAGGGUUCGGCGACACCGUGUCGGCUAUGCAUCCUCCAGGAUAUAAUGAAAGACAUCCCAUCAUCGUGUUCCGGCCGGAUGUGGCCGUUUCGGACGCGAACGACGAAACGUUCACCGGCAACAUGAACAACUUUGACGAGCUGAACAUUUGGGUUCAGGAGAAGUGCGUGCCGCUGGUGCGCGAAAUCACCUUCGAGAACGCCGAAGAACUGACGGAGGAAGGUCUGCCGUUCCUGAUUCUGUUCCACGCCCCGGACGAUUUCCAAUCGAUCAAGGACUACAAAGCCGUAAUCGAAUCGCAGCUGAUGUCGGAAAAACAAAACAUCAAUUUCCUGACGGCCGAUGGCAAGAGGUUUGCUCACCCGUUGCACCAUCUUGGCAAGAGCCAAUCGGACCUGCCGCUGAUCGCAAUCGAUUCCUUCCGGCAUAUGUAUCUGUUCCCGAGCUUCAAGGAUAUGUACGCUCCGGGCAAGCUGAAGCAGUUCUUGAGCGAUCUGUACAGCGGAAAGUUGCAUCGUGAAUUCCACUACGGUCCGGAACGGAACGAGGACAACACCAUCGAAGUGGUCAUCAAUGGGGACUUGAAGAAAGCCACCACCCCUCCGGAGUCCACCUUCAAGAACCUGGGACCCUCGAACAAGCGGUACACACUGCUGAAGGAUGAAUUGUAAAUAGGGCGAAAGCAAGAGAGAGGCACAACCAAUACCGAUGGACGGAAGACGAAACCUCGGGGGUUUCCAUACGUUUGGGAACAGCUGUAACACAGAUAUUCUUCUCCUUUGCUAAGACCACAUUUAUUCUUUCGAAGAACGUUUCUAUAUUUCGUCUUUUGGUUCUUGGCCUUCGUUUUCUUUCUAGAUUAAUCCAUCCAGAACCAGUUCAAUCUGAUAGUGAGAAAAAAAGUAUAUUCACCUGAUGUAAUCUUCAACCGGUAUUUGUUUCUGAAAUUUCCCGUUUUUUGGACAAUUGUUUGAGUGUAGCAAAACCUGUCUCAUAUAAGACUAACAACUAUUAAACAUAAUUGUGUCGGAGUAAUAAUACUUAUUACCUGAUUAUUAUCUACAUAAAAUUUGGUGAGCUAACAAACCCAAAAUAGAGAAAAACGCCAACUAGCGCUACGACAGGUUUGAAAUUCUUAACAGUAACACAGAAAAAAUCAAACCGGAGUGAAUGUGAAUGCACGUGGGACAAUGUGUGCGACUGAUUGCUGCUUUAGCUGUAAUUAGUCUUGUAUUUUAAACCAUUUUUCCUGGAUACUUUCUUCGGUCCUAUUAUCAAUUGUAGAAGUAUUUUCAAUAGUUAUCUCAAUCAUCGCUACGCAGACAACAUUAACCACGCAACAACCGGACGACACGUUUCAGGGCAGCAGUCGGAGACGGGUCCGCGGCUAAUCAUGCCCCUCAACGAGUUAAUGAUCGUGUGAUGAUGGUGGAUCGAGAAACAGUGAUACUUAGUUACACAUUUUAUACGGUACGAAUUACGUUAGGAAAAGAACACUAAACUAAUUUAUAACAAUCAGAAGCGGUCAGAUUGAAGAGCAGAAAGGCUAAGAUGUGUAGCGAUAGUUUUUUUUUUGUUAAUUCGUACUACAAAAGUCUGUAAAAUAAAAUCUGAUAUAAGAA